UGGUGCAUCGCUCCAUGUCAAGUAACCACUCUGACUCAAAUCCGCAUCUUCGCGUAUAGCUACAGAGAAUCUCCAAACACAGAGCUGCAGGUAGAUAUUUUUAGGGGAUUUAUUUGGGUGUUUUUAAAAGUUCCCUAACCUCAAAUAAAAAAAAUACAAAUCGUACGGGAAGAAAGACUGUGAGAGGGUCGUACCGGGCUCAGCGGAGGGGGUGUAUUUGGUGAAAUCGUCGGCGGAGCGCAAAGUGGUUUUGUGUUUUUCUCGGAGGAUGGUUGCUCUGCCAUCAUGCGGUGUGGUUAAGACGUUGCUAGCGUUUGGUCUGUGCUUCGUUGCCUGGGCUGUUGGGACAGCAUACGGUAGCGAGGAUGUGUUCACCAAUAGCUUCGUGGUGGAGAUGAAUGAAGGGGACAGCCAUAACAUACAUAGCAUUGCCAAGAGGCACGACUUCGAAUAUCUUGGAACGGUACUUGGCAACGACAAUCUUCACCAUUUAGUACACAAGCGCAGUCCAUCACACCGACGACGCCGCAGCACUGAACAUCUGGACACGCUUGAAGCCGAGCCUAUGGUUAAACGGGUAGUACAACAGAAAGGAUUCAAGAGAGAUAAACGAGGAUUUAAGGAUCUCAGCGAGAUCUUCAAAAGACAGAAGCGAGAAGUCCCUGAGGAGGAAGCUACGACAAAUGAAGAAGCAAAAUGGACCGAGUUCAACGAUCCGCUUAUACCAAAACAAUGGUUUCUGAAAAACACCGGACAAGCCAAUGGAAAGAAGGGUCUCGACCUGAACGUAGAAGCCGCCUGGAAAAAAGGCUACACAGGAAAAGGUGUGACGAUCGCAAUAAUGGAUGAUGGAAUCGAUUACAUGCACGACGAUCUUGCUCCCAACUUUAACCUUGAAGCAAGCUUUGACUUCAGCAGCAACGAUGCAUUCCCGUAUCCAAGAUACACCGAUGACUGGUUCAACAGUCACGGGACGAGGUGUGCCGGGGAGGUGUCCGCUGUGGCCGACAACGGAAUCUGCGGCGUCGGGAUCGCUUACAACUCUAAAAUCGCAGGUAUCCGUAUGUUGGAUCAGCCAUUCAUGACUGAUCUGAUCGAGGCAUCUUCAAUGAGUCACAAACCUCAGCUCAUUGACAUCUACAGUGCAAGCUGGGGACCUCAGGAUAACGGUCAGACCGUGGAUGGACCUAGAGACUUGACCCUUGAAGCUAUUGCCAACGGGGUUAACAAGGGACGUGCUGGUAAAGGAAGCAUCUACGUCUGGGCCUCAGGAGACGGUGGACCCAAUGAUGACUGCAACUGCGACGGCUACGCAUCCAGCAUGUGGACAGUAUCCAUUAACUCGGCCAUCAACGAUGGCCGAACUGCCCUCUACGACGAGUCAUGCUCAUCUACUCUGGCGUCCACGUUCAGCAAUGGGAGAAAUAGGCAUCCAGAAGCUGGUGUGGCGACUACGGAUCUUUACGGAAAUUGUACACUAGCUCAUUCCGGUACGUCAGCAGCUGCGCCUGAGGCAGCUGGAGUAUUUGCACUGGCCCUAGAAGCAAAUCCUUCCUUGACAUGGCGAGAUAUUCAGCACCUUACCGUAUUGACUUCCAAGCGUAAUCAGCUGUACGAUGACAACUACAAGUGGCAGUGCAACGGGGUCGGUCUGGAGUUCAACCACCUCUUUGGAUUCGGAGUCCUCGAUGCUGGUGCCAUGGUAGAGCUGGCUGAGAAAUGGAAGACUGUUCCGGAACGGUUCCACUGCUCUGGGGCUACAUACAAGGGAGUCAGUCAAGUUCCAGAUGGUCAGUCUGGCGAGAAGUUGGUCCUCCGCCUCAAUACCGACGCCUGCGACGGCCAGGACAACAUGGUCAACUACAUUGAACACACCCAGGCCAUCAUCACCAUCAACAGCACACGCCGAGGUGACGUCACCAUCCACCUGACUUCCCCAAUGGGUACCAGCAGUAUCCUCCUGAGCGAGAGACCUGGGGACAAUGACGUCAUCGAUGGGUUCCAGCGCUGGCCGUUCAUGACGUCUCACACAUGGGGUGAGGAUCCAAGAGGAGAGUGGGUCCUGGAGGUAGCCAUGGCUGACGGUAGCCCACACACCGCAACGCUCACCGAGUGGACUCUGGUCCUCCACGGUACCAAAGAAGCCACGUAUAUCGAGGAAGCCAAGUCCAAGUCAAGCUGCAAGCAGGCUGUUCUAGAAGCAUUCAAGGUGCAGGAACAGGAAGAGUUGGAACACGCCAAGAUGGACGCCCAGAACAGCAAGCCUGACUCCAUUGAUCUCUCUAAGGAAGUCGAACUCCUCAAGAGCCUUGAGGGCGCCAUUGAAGAUGAUACAGAGGAGGAACUGGGACAAGCAAUUGACGAGAAGGAUAGUGACCUCCCACCCUUCUCACCGGAAGAUGUACUGCCCAAAGAGGAAGAGGGCAUACCCGACUCGUACUACUACCGCGAUGCCGAUGAGUCCACUUCAUGGUACGGGGAAAACGAGGUUCCAUACGGCAGUGACAUCAGCAGAGAUACCUGGGAGGAUCCUGAAGUCUGGGAGAAAUUAGAGGAGUUAUUUGACGAGAAGUACGGGCGGCAAAAACUAUCGUACCCGUAUUAAGGGCGUCAACCAUGCUUGGUUUGGCUCGAAGUGGGUUUAUAGAAAAGUUCCACAGAUGAAAGUUGAUUUUUGUUUUCAGUAAUAAUUCGUCCAUGCAAGUCCAACAAAAAUUUCGACCACAAUAUAAACUAUAAUAAUAUUUUUUAAAUAUUUAUAUAGUUGAGAAAAAAACAAUUUGUUUUAAAAGAGUAUAAACAUCCUUUACAAUCGUUGCCAAAAGCCAAUGGAAAAACCAAACACCUACAUCUAAAAAUUGCAGUUAAAAUUCAAAGUGAACUUUUGCACCAAACGACAUUCCAUAUUAUAUGGUUUUAUGUUUUUAACCAGCUUGGAGGGUGACUAACGUUUUUUAACAGUUUUGUUUUUCUUUUUUUUCUUUUAUUUUCCUGUUCACUUGUUCAGUAUUUUUAUUUAACCAGUAAAUUAAACCAUCGAAAUUAGAUAUGCAUGAGUGGUUGAAUAAGUACUUAAGUAUUUUAAUAAAAUAGAAACCUAGAUUAGUGGCCCGGGGCCCUUGGGUGAUUCCGUACAGUAGGUAUUGAUAAACAAAGACACUCUUAAUGAACCACGGCUGUAAAAGUAGUCUGAGGUAGAGUGUGUUCCAUUUUAUCACAGUGAAUGAAUAAAAGCACGACACGACAAGUAUCAACGACAUGGAUCACCUCAAACUUCCACUAUAAUACUUUGUGAUGGAUUAAUCCCAUACUUUACUAUAUCAACAAAAAUCUUAACAA